GCAUGCGUGUGGGGUGGGAUGGGAUGAUUGCAGAAAGCACACUGUUGUAGGCCAUGUUGUAUUUUUCAAAGACCCAUGAGCUGCCGCCACAGAGAGCCACUCCACGAGGCCUGCGCGAUCCCGAAACUAGUUUUGAAUGGACAGGAACGGUGUGGUUGUCCCCACCCCAUUGCUGGUCGGUGUGGCAACCCCCAUUCUGUCGGCCUCGAAGGUUGACACGGAGGCCACAGAGACGAGGUCCAAGGCCGCGCGGAGCUGGGGUAGAAGCCCUAGGGUCAAAAUCGUUUGUGGAAUGGAGAGAGGGAGGAACCCGUCUUGGGUGUCACCGCGGCGACCAGCUGAGGGUGCAGGUUCCGGGCUGCGGUGGCCAGAGCUGAAGCAGCCAGGCUGCGACUCGAGGGAGGGGAACCGAGACGCAGCCAGGAGGCUGGAGACCGAUUCCUGCCCAGACCCGAGCACCAGCCGCCGCUUCACUCCCCCCUCCACGGCCUUCCCCUGCGGCGGCGGCGGCGGCGGCGGCGGCGGCAAGAUGGGCGAGAACAGCGGCGCGCUGAGCGCGCAGGCGGUGGCGGGCCCCGGCGGCCGCACCCGGCCCGAAGUGCGCUCGAUGGUGGACGUGCUGGCCGACCACGCGGGAGAGCUCGUGCGCACCGACAGCCCCAACUUCCUCUGCUCCGUGCUGCCCUCGCACUGGCGCUGCAACAAGACGCUGCCGGUCGCCUUCAAGGUGGUGGCCCUGGGAGAUGUGCCUGAUGGAACGGUGGUGACCGUAAUGGCCGGCAAUGACGAGAACUACUCCGCCGAGCUGCGCAACGCUUCCGCCGUCAUGAAGAACCAAGUGGCCAGGUUCAACGACCUUCGCUUCGUGGGCCGCAGUGGGCGAGGGAAGAGUUUCACGCUCACAAUCACCGUGUUCACCAACCCUACGCAAGUGGCCACCUACCACCGAGCCAUCAAGGUCACUGUGGACGGACCCCGGGAACCCCGACGGCACCGGCAGAAGAUAGAAGACCAGACCAAGGCCUUCCCCGACCGCUUCGGAGACCUGCGCAUGCGUGUAACACCAAGCACACCCAGCCCCCGUGGCUCUCUCAGCACCACGAGUCACUUCAGCAGCCAAGCCCAGACCCCAAUCCAAGGCUCCUCAGACCUGAACCCCUUCUCGGACCCCCGCCAGUUUGACCGCUCCUUCCCUACGCUGCAGAGCCUGACAGAGAGCCGCUUCCCGGACCCCAGGAUGCACUACCCGGGAGCCAUGUCUGCCGCCUUCCCCUACAGCGCCACACCAUCGGGCACCAGCCUGGGCAGCCUGAGCGUGGCGGGCAUGCCGGCCAGCAGCCGCUUCCACCACACCUACCUCCCUCCGCCCUACCCCGGGGCCCCUCAGAGCCAGAGCGGGCCCUUCCAGGCCAACCCCGCGCCCUACCACCUCUUCUACGGCGCCUCCUCAGGCUCCUACCAGUUCUCCAUGGCAGCUGCGGGAGGUGGCGAGCGCUCGCCCACCCGCAUGCUCACCUCCUGCCCCAGCGGAGCCUCGGUGUCAGCUGGCAACCUCAUGAACCCCAGCCUGGGCCAGGCUGAUGGCGUGGAAGCCGACGGCAGCCACAGCAACUCGCCCACGGCCCUGAGCACGCCGGGCCGCAUGGACGAGGCCGUGUGGCGGCCCUACUAAGCACCCUGGGGACUCUCGGGCCAGCGGAACCUGUCCCUCCAGCCCGGGGUUACAGAAGAAACAGACUUUGGCCUGGUCCCAGGGGCCAGAGCUGGCAAUGGCUCCCAGAGCUCUCUCCAGCCACAGCUUGAACAGAGGAUGUGGGGACUUCCCACAGGACACUGCUCCAGUCCAGAUCAAUGCCCUCUCUCGCCGUGCACCCCAAACCCACCUCUGUUGUCUCCAGCCACGCCCAGGAUUAAGUCCAGAAUCAGAGGCGACCCCUGCCUGUGAGGGAGAAGGCCUUUGCUGUCAAGAAAAGCUCAGGCUCAGAGAUGUCUGGACUCUCUCUCACCCUCCACCCCGGGACCAACCUGCCCUCUGCAUCCAAAAGCAUCAAGCCAACUGGAAGCUCCAACCCCUGAGAAGGUUUCGCUCCCCUGUAGAGAGGGAAAGCCGGAGCCAUGAUACAUACACAAGAGUCCCCAACUUGACUCCCCCAUGAUUCCAGACAAGCAGCCCCUGAUCAGUUCUAGCUCACCUGAAAACACAGGGCCCCAGAGCAGACUCAUCCAGGGUGACAGGUCCCUAAAGCAAGGAAGGCCUCAACACUGUCCAGUAUGCUCCAGCCUAAAUCCUACUGGGUUCUCAGGGGCAGAGAGGUCCUGACAGAAAAUCUUACCUUGGGGAUCAAGAGUUAACCCUGCUCACUAGGUCCAGCCAGUCUGUGCUCUGGGCCUGGCCUCCCAGGCCACAGUCCUGCUUCCAACUCGUUUGUACCUAGAAGCAGACACCUUUGAACCAAAAGCAUCUCCAUCAAGCAUCUAAAAUCUCUGACAGGUGGCAGUCUGUGUACACGAAAGCCCACCCCCACCCCCAUCCCCGCUAGUGUAAUGUCAUCAGGACCCUGCCACCAGGGUCCUGACCUCACAUUCUUCACAGAAGGGGACAAGACCUCCAGGAGGCCGUGUGGCGUCUCUGGUGAGAUGUGCAACGGCAGAGCAGUGUCCAAGCAGAGACCAGACGUUCUCUCAAAUCUGUGGGAGAUAGUGGAGUAGGUUAAAAAGCUCUUACCAGAGCUGGUUUUUCAAACUGAGUGAGCCACAUCCUCUGUGGCCAUCGAAGUCUCCUUUACAAGGCUCCUUAGUGAUGGUCUCUGUCGUGUGCUUGGCCUGCACCUGUAACAGCCACAUACACACUCUGGAAGGUCAGGGGUCCCAACAAUCCUGGGCAGAUACCUCCGGUUACAGUUUCUCUUGUCCCAUCCUUACUGGAGGAAAAGAAUUCUCUCUCUUGGAAGUAGCUAAGGAAACCUUUCAGCUCCCUGCACCCAGAGAGGCCUUCUCACCUCUUCUCAGAGGGGCCUUCUCACCUCUUCUCAGAGGGGCCUUCUCGCCUCUUCUCAGAGGGGCCUUCUCGCCUCUUCUCAGAGGGGCCUUCUCGCCUCUUCUCAGGAAGCAGCUCCGACCCAUUGCCCUCCUGUCUGCUUCGCUACUGGUCCAUGGUGCAGACUGUCCCAGGCCACCAAGAAGGGUCCUUUCAGGGUCCCCCACCUAGCACUUGUGUAAGCCACCCCAGACAACUACCCUUCCUGAUACCCAAAUGUGGGUAGGAAUCGAAAGUCACCCCGGCCCCAUCAACUCCUUUCUCAUCCCCGAUUAACAGUGAAGGCUGAGUCUGUUGUGGUUCCUACAGUGAGCCCAGGCAGCCCUGGCUGGUUAAAAACAAAGGGGGGGGGGUCCUUAUUUGCAAGGCUACUUUAAAGUGCUCCUUGAAAGCACAGGCUAGAAAGCACAAGGAACCUGAGGGGUUGAUACAAUGUUACUGUAAGUGUGGGCGGGUACUGAUCCUUUGUAACAUUGUUACCCUGAGGUAUCCGACCUGCGGUGAGCAGGUCUUCCUGAAGUGGGCUCCAUGCUGAGGGAUGGAGAGGGCCUGCUUUGCACUAGAGGCUGCUUGUAUGUUUGUUUUUUAUGCACAACUUGCUUGUACAGGCCAACUGCUCGUCUUGGGUACUAUUUAAAUGUAAAAUGGAAAUUGUAUUUGUUACAAUAAUAUAACAGAUGCCUUGAAGGGCCAGUG